AUGUCUCAGCCGUUGCCGAUCGACUUAUUACCAGCCGAAACUGUUAAAGCUGAUGAGGAAUUCGAAGGAGGCUUGAGAGUGAUACUCACCGACUAUAGAAUCUGUAUACUCGCCCCCAAUAAUCGCGCAUUGCGUGUGAUUCUACUCGUGGCCAUAGAAACAAUAGAUUUCCGGGAUCCUCUACAGAUAAUCAUCAGCUGUAAAGAAGGGCGUGUUGCGUGCUUACGAGCUAAAUCAACCGAAAGUGCUAUUUCUUGGCAUAAAAUGCUCUAUAGAGCAGCAAAUCGCGUCAACUGCCAAGAGCUAUUUGCAUGGAACUUUGCCAAGCAGGUAAGAAAGUCAAAGUACUCGUGGUUGAGUGAUACAGAACCUGUUGGCGAUGAAGUGCUUGUUCGGAAAGAGUUCGAACGUCUUGACUAUGAUCGCGAUCAUUUUCGAAUAUCCGAUGACAAUAAAGGAUUUAUAUUAUCACCUACUUACCCAGAGUACAUGGUCAUUCCUAAAGAGAUUAGUCGCGAAGAUCUAGUUUUUGGAAAGGACUUUCGAUUUUUACAACGAUGGCCUGCUGUCGUGUGGAAGUGUAAAGAAACGGCAAGUUUCUUUUUCGGAUAUAUUUUCUGUUUUCAGAGAGCUGUGCUAUUACGUAGUAGUCAACCAGGGCUGAGCAUUUUUGGGUGGAGGAAUAAUGCUGACGAAAAGUUUUUCGAACUGGUUCACAAAUAUCUCGACACUUAUUCGCCUGGCAAGGAUAUGUUGAUUAUGGAUGCCAGAUCCUAUGCUGCUGCCUGGGCCAACCGUGCGAAAGGAGGAGGAUUUGAACAUCCGGAGUACUACCAGCGAACUCGUGUGGACUGGCUGGCGUUGCCCAAUAUCCACCAUGUGCGAUAUUCGUUUCAUCAGCUACGAGCUCUGCUCUGUUCUAAUCAGAAUAAAACGGGGGAGUCGUAUCUCUCGAUCUUUGCAAUAGCAUAUAUGCAAACAUCUUUAGGCCAGUCAGUUUUGGUGCAUUGCUCGGACGGAUGGGAUAGAACGACGCAGAUCGUGUCUUUGGCAAAGCUGAUGGGUGAUGAGUACUACAGAACAGUGCAGGGUUUCGAAGAGUUAAUUCGACUAGAAUGGGUUGCGUUUGGCCACAAGUUCGCCGAUCGAAAUGGUAUCACAGGCACAAACAGCAAUGAACAGUCUCCAAUCUUUCUACAAUUCUUGGAUGCUGUUCAUCAAAUGCAACAUCAACUUCCAACGGCAUUCGAAUUCAACAAGCAGUAUCUCGUAAGUUGCUAUUCUUCUUUUUAA